ACACUCAGAUUGACACAGACAGGAAAUAUGAGACACCAUUCCCGGGCUAAAUAAUAAUAACUUUUCUGAUGCGUGAAUUAAUUAUGAAUGGACGGAUUUUAAAAGGAAAAUAUAUAUACGAACAAUCAGAAGCAGAAGGAUAAUGGUGAUUGGUCAUUCCGUAAAUGCGUCUCUGAAUAGCCAACCAAUGGGCUUAGAGGUCUCACCCGGUUGUUGUCGCGGGAACUUUAUGGAGCAAUGAACACAAAACACUUGUUAGCUGCUACUGUAGCUAACGUUUGCAAAUAUAACAGUUUGCAAACCAACAGCCAUGCAUUUGUCGCUAGUUAUGCAUGCAUCCCACUGAUUGAAUGUUUUGGUGGAGUGCAAAUAAGAUAGCUAGCUAGAAGACACUUUUGCCAGCUAUAGCUAGGUGGCUGACGCUUACUUAACUAAAGCCAGCUAGCUAGCUAGGUGGCUAACGCUAACUAAAGCCAGUUAGCUAAUCAGCUUAGCUAGCGAGUUACCAUGCUAGCUAGCUACAACCAAAUAUUUUGUAUAACUGCUACAACCGUCAAGGCUAGCUACCUAGCGAAAUACACUAACUAAAUAAGCAAGAUCGACAAUAUUGUGAAAAGCUACAUCCACGUUGGUUGCCUAGGUAACUAGCCUGUUAGAAAGUUAAAGAGGCGUUUGAGUCUUGUUGGAUCGCAAACGUCUCACUAUUGUUAUCCUGCCACUGUUAUCCUCCCAUUUUUUCCCCGGCAAGAUACAGGUAGCUAGCUAGUUAUCUAUCAUCUUUGACUGGAAUCAUGGCACAUCGACUGACGAAAGAUGAGCUUGAUGAACAGUUCGAGCAGUUUUUGAAAGAGUCUGUCUCAGAUGACUCAGUGGAUUUGGGUGGCAGUGCUAUGCGCUCCAGUGUUCUGGACAGCCUGGGCAGAGCCUCUCAGAAACCACCCCCAAAGAAGACAUCAGCUGCCCCUGUGCCGUGGUGGCAGGAGGAGGACAGCGAAGAGACACCUGGCAGAGCUGUCACAGUGGAAGCCCCCACAAGGCCCACCCCCAAACCUCGCAGCAAAGCUCUGGAUAAGCUCAGUCAGCUGGACAAGGUCCAUGGAGCCAAUCAGGAUGCUGCUUCUCACAUUGCUGCGGGACUGGAAAAUAACAGCCCAGAACACGACUCCUCCCACUCUGCCAGGCAGGGGAGCCCUCCCAUGAAUGAGAGCUCCCAUAAUGCAUCAGGAGGGAUUAGUCCUGAGGGGAGUACCUCUCUCCGCGACACACCAGUGGACAGUCACAGCAGUGAUAGUGACUCACAGGGUCUUGAAGAUGGAUUGCUGAGAUCUGAGAAGACGUUCUGUAAGUCUCUGAGAAGAUCCCAGCCCAUCCAGGAGGAGGAAGAGGAGCUGCAGCAUCAGGGAGUAGAGAGGGGUUUGGAGGAGGAGGGGGCAGAGCCUGUCAUCUUCAGCAGAGACAGUCUGGAGCCUGAGGACUCUGUGAUGGCAUCCGGACCAGGUCAGAAUGCUGCAGUGGGUCUUGGUCUGGGCAUGGACAGCCUGGAGGAGGAAGAGGAGAAGGCCCGCUUCUUUGCCCACCUGGAGGGAGGUGCGUCCUCCACAAUAGACUACUCCAGACUCAACAAAGAUCUGGAUUCCACCAGCGCCUCCACCACCGCUACCACCCUCAGGAAGGCAGAGGCGGCUGUGGCGGCGGUCGAUCAGAGAGAGGAGGAGAGAGCUAUGGAGUCUGACCGACUCUCCCCAGCCUCCCCCCACUACAGCGAGGAUGAGGACUUCGAAGAUGAGGUCAUUGAGGAGAAGCCUAAAAGGCCUGCCAUGCUCACCAAAGUGUCCCUCCAUGAUUCUCUGGACUCGACCGGUGAACUCCUGUCCCCUGGAGAGGACAGUGACACCAGGGAGGAACCAGGGAGGAACCAGGGAGCAGAGGAGUUCAUAGAGACGGCACUACCAGCCCAGUCGUAUGGCCAGAGUGGGGCCAGUGAGAUGGAGGCUCUACAGGAUGCCUACAGACAGAUCAGUGGCUCUCUGGAGGACUCAGACCAUCAUCACCACCCUUCAUCACCAGUCAGGAGGGAGAGGAGGAGGAGCAGUCCUGUUCCUGUCUCUCCCUCUGUACCUGAGCUCUCCAGAGGAACACUACUAGCACCAGUCUCCACCACAGAGUCAGAGCUGCCCACUGCAGAGGAGCUGAUGCGUCCCAUCCGACCAGACAGCAUGGACGACACCAGAGGCUUCACUCUGCAGCCUGCUAGUGAGACCCAGCUCAGCCCAGAGAAGACUGGCCAGUCCUUAUGCCGUAGAUCCCGUGAGUCAAGCCCAAGACGCUCAGCAGAGCCAGACAGUCCUCCGGCCUCCCCAGGCCCCCGUCCCAGAAGCAUCAGAGAGGAGGUACAGAGGCUGAUGAGGCAGGAUCAGGACAGCUCCUCCCCUGACCUGACCUCCAUUAAACCCAGAAACAAGAGAAGCCAGCAGGUUCCUGGACGUUCUACGGUAGCUGGUCCCUUCACAUCCUCGUUGAGGAAGCCUUAUGUUGCCCCUGGCAGUGGUAGAGUGGAGAGUAAACCAUCAGCCGGGGCCACCAGGACCUCUGGAACUAGGAAAUCCGGUCCUACCAGACCUCGGGCUACAGCCAAGCCCCCCUCUCCUCUAACCCAGAGGAAGCCUCUCAGCCAGGCAACAUACCAGAGCCUCAGCCCCCUCCUCUCAGAGAGAGAUAAAGACUGUGGUGGUCUGAGGGUGAGCAGUGAGCUGGUGGCAGGGGUCCAGUCCUUCGCUGCCUUCCUCCAGCAACAACAUCAGAUGGAGACGAGAGGUCGCCAGGAUACCAGUCACACGGUCUCCUGGGAAACCAAAGGUCAACAGGAAGCCAGCCAGACUCAGGAGACUGAGCGUCCAUCAGAGAGGAAAAGUGAGCCCAGGGAGGAGGGCAGGUCUGUGGAGGUGGAGGAGAGCCCCCUAGUGUCCAGGCUGAGACUGCAGCUAGCCCAGAGGGAGAGAGAGCUCCACACCAGAGAGGAAGAGCUACUGCUGCAGCACGACACAGAGCUCAGCUCACUGAGACAGGAGAACUACCUCAUGCAGAGCAAGCUGCACAGUACGGAGGAGGCCAACAGCAGGAAGAAGGGCCGGUUGGGUCGUGGUCUGGACGGGCCCUUGGACCCCCUCACUGAGGGCAAACUCAGACUGAUAGAGAAAGAGGUGAAGGAACAGGAGACCAUCAUCCAGGGAUACCAGCAGGAGAAUGAGAAGUUGUACCUGCAGAUGAAGGCUCUUCAGGCUCAGGGUAAACUCAAUGAAGAGGCCAUGUUCACAGAGAACCAGAGGCUGCUAAACGAACUGGCCCUUACCAAGGAGCGGAUGAGCAACUCGCCGAGGACUGUGGGUAAUGUAGUCUGUGUGGCCCAUAUUCAGCGCAUCACACAGCUGCAGGACCAGAUGCAGGCAGCACAGAGGACUGAAGAGAGACUGGUGGAGGAGACCCACAGGCUGAAGCAGGAGAAACAGGCCCUGGAGGUGGACCUUCAAAUGAUGAGGAAAGAGAGAGACCUGGCCAAAGCGCAGGUCGUCUACACCUCAGGGGAUAAGAGCUUUGAGCUGCAGGUGGCAGAGGACAGGCAUAAGGAGGAGGUGUGUGUUCUGAAGAAGAGGCUCCAGUGGUAUGCUGAGAACCAGGAACUGCUGGACAGAGACUCUGCCAGACUGAGGGCUGCCACCGCAGACACACACAAACUCACAGAGCAGGUGGAAAAGCUGAAGAUGGAGGUGGGGAAGAGAGCCAAUCAGAGUAAGACUAAAGAGAGAGCUGGAGACGCUAAGAGGAUACAGGACCUAGAACGACAGGUGAAGGAGAUGGAGAAGAUUCUCAGACAGAGGAACCCUAACUCCCUCCCAGCGCUCAUCUACGCUGCAGCCAACGCACCUGCAGUGGAUGAGGAUGGAGGGGGCAAGAGCUCCCCGCCCACUCAGACCAGGGCCCUAUUGGAGCGGCGCAUCCAGAGGCUGGAGGCGGAGCUAGAGAGCCGUGACGACGAGGCCAAACGCAGCCUCCGAGCCAUGGAACAGCAGUACCAGCGGAUUAAGCUCCAGUAUGAGCAGCAGAUCAGUGAUCUGGAGCAGCGGUUAAGCCAGAAACACCCGGUCCAGACCGGGUCUCCUGGGGUCUGGCAGGCCCAGGUCUGCUCCCUGCAGCAGGAACUGGAGCUCCUGAAGGAGAACCAUCAGAGUCGAGAGAGAAGCCUACAGGCUGAGGUCCACUCCCUACAGGAGCAGCUCACACAACAGGCACAGUCUACCACCGAGCCAGAGAGAGCCCCCCAACGCAGCCCGUCUCGUCACCAGCGCCAAGCAGAGACGGCCCUGGGGGUCCGGAUAGAGAGACUCAACCAGGAGCUGUCAGCCAAGACCCGCAGCGUCCAGGAGCUGAGCCGCACCGUAGAGAGACUCCAGAGGGAGAGGAAGACCAUGCUGUGUGGCCCUGGCUCCAGAUCAGAGGGCCGUGUUGGGCCUGGGGAGGCCAGGCGGCAGGCGGCUGGAUCCAAAGGACCCAUGGUGGUGGCUACCCCAGGGGAGAGCGGAGGCACGGUGGGAGAGAUCGCAACGUUCCCUCCCACUCAGGAUGAGAAGGACUACCAGCCCACAGCGUUCUCUGGGAGCCACAUCUCAGAGGUGCUGCAGGUGAGCGAGGGGUUAAGGCUGCGUUUGGAGCAGCUGGAGCUGCAGAGGGACAAGGAGAGGGUGGUACUGCAGGCUGCAGCCGCCCAGGCCCAGGCCGAGCUUCGCAGGGUACAGCAGCAUUCAGCAGAGCAGGUGUCCUCUCUCAGGGCUGACCAUCAGAGGGAGCUGGAGCGCCUGCUUACCGGCCACGCCCUUGCCCACUCCUCCUCUAAAGUGGCCGAACUGACCAAUCAGGUGACUGCGCAGGAGAUCAUGGUGCAGCAUUUGCGAGACCAGGUGAAGGAACUGCAGGGGACCAAAGAUGCUCUGGCUGUGUCCAAGCUGAGGGAGGACACCCUACAGAACCAGCUGACAAGGCUGUUGGAGGAGCUGAAGCAGGCCAAGGAGUGCCACAGCCCAGAGCUCCGACACUUCACUAGCCUGGAGAGAAAGAUCCACAGCAUGGAGCUACGACACACUCAGAGGGAGAAAGAGCUCCAGCAGGUGAUAGGUCAAACUCGGCUGGUGGUGGAGGCUGAGCAGCAGUCUGAGGUGGAGCGUUGGAGGAGGCUGGCUCAGGAGAAGACCCGGGAGCUGGAGGUCUUCCGUCUGGAACUGGACUCUAUCCUGGACGUCUUGAGAGAACUUCAGAGACAGGGAGUGGUUAUCCCUGCUCCGGACCGGGCUUCAGCUGGAGGACCUGAAACAUGGGACAUGGGCUCAUUCUAAUUACUUACAAAUCUGUCCUCACCUUGUCUGAUCUGAAAGAAUUGACCAGGCGAAAGCCAGCCUAAUGAUGAGCUUCCACUAUUUAAGCAUUUUUUUUUUUUGUUCAGUGCUGAUAAAGGGGAGGAGAGGGUGGAUUUGUAAGCAAUUGAGAGCCAACUCACACACCCUUUAGGAGGAACCCAUCAUUGUGCUGAACAAUCAGGUUAUUUAUUUUUGUAGAUUUGUAUUUUUAUACUUGAUCAUUUGGAAUUUAUUUUAAGUUAUUCAAUGUGUGUUAGAAAAAUAAAGGACCUUUUGUAUAUAUUUUU